ACGACAGCCACUAGUGACCACUGAAACGAAUACAGUUUAACACGAAACAUCUAUCAAAGGAACUUUUAAAAUGAAGGUAGUCGCGUUGUUAGUAGUUUGUGUUCUGGAAAUUCAAGCUUAUCCCUAUCCUUAUUAUGGACAAAACGUGGAUUCAUACUCAUACGGAUCUAUGGACAGGAAUCGUGGAGCUAUGGUGUUAAGCCGCUACUACAGUCCAUAUUACAACCCACGUACAGUUGGUGGUGGUGGUAUGGCUGCAUUCAUGUUCAAGCCCGAAGAAUACCAGCCCCAAACAAGUCAAUACUACUUGCCAGACAGACGCCGGCAGACUCCCCAGGAUAUUAACUAUGCGCCACCGCAACAGAACGAAGUUUACUACCAAACACCUGAAGUUCCCUCUGAGCCGGAGCGAACCUAUGUCCCUGAGUCUCCAUUUGUGCCCUCUGAAAAACCAGCUGCUACAGAAGCCACUGAAAUGGCAGACCCAACUGAAAGAAUCGAAGUCCCGACUACAGCAAAGGCGGUAGCAGUUCCAGAAAUAACAGAACCCGAGGCAGAGGAUGUCCCGGAACCAGCUCCAAAGAAGCGAGUCACAAAGAAGAAACAGGUUAGGCCUGAUGAAGACGAGGAAGAGGGUGACGAUUAUCCCCCAAGAAUGCCAACAGGUGCCUUCUUUCCGAUGUUCUUUGGAUAUGGUGGAAGAUCUGGUCAACAAGGUACUCCUCAGGGGGCCACAGCAAUCGCGAACGCUUUCAGCACGGGUCGUGGUGGUGUGGCCACAAGCCAUGCGACGGCCUACGGACCACCAAGAACCGAAAGUAAAUUGUAAAUAGAACAUAUGAAAAGAUUUUAGUUAUAUAUGUAUAAUAUGUAAUUUAAUUGAAUAUGUAAUGUAACAAAUAUAACUUAAACGCUAAAAGUAAGUUUUGCCACAGAUUGUCUUUGAAAAUUAUAAUGUAUUGUUGAACAUUCAAUAAAUUGCCAGUAUGAUCUUA